AUGGCGAUGGAUAUGGAAAAAGAAAGGAAAAAGACAGGGAAAAAGAAAGGAGAAAAACAGAGAGGGGGGAGUCUUGUCGUUUGUAAACAAAAAUAUUCCUCCUGUUUUUCAGCCAAUUCUAAAGCAAAUUCCAAACAAGAAAAAAAUUCUCUCUCACUUUCUCUCUCUAUUUGUCUCGCUCACCCUCUCUCUCUCUUUCUCUAUCCCACUCUCUCCUUAUUUUUUCUAUUGAUUUCUCUUAAACACUCUCUUUCUUACUCUCUCCCCCACUCUCUGUCUUUCUCUAUCUCUCAAUUUUUCUCAAUUUUUCUCAUCCACUCUUCCUUUCUCCCUCUAGCUCUCUCUCUCACUCUUUCGCUGUCCCUCUCUCACUGUCUCCCUCUCCCUCUAACUCACUAUCACAUUCUUUCUCUUUCUCUCUCUCUCUUUUGCUCAUUCUCUGUCUUUCUCACUCUCUCUCACACACUCUCGUUCUUUCUCUCUCACUGUCUCUCUCACCCACUCUCCCUUUCUCUCUCACUCUUUCUCUCUUCCUCUCUUUCUCUCUCACCCACUCUUUUUCUCUCUCACCCUCUCCCUCUUUCUCACUCUCUCUCUCUCCUUAUUUCUCCCACUCUGUCUCUAUCUAUCUAUCUAUCUCUUUCUCUAACCUAA